CGGUUCGCCCUCGCCCUUUCUUUUUACUCUUCUUCUAGGGUUUUGUCAACUCGCUCGUCUCUGCAGCAGCUCUCCGUAUCUUAUUCUCCUUUCAUCUCCAGGAAUCAAGCAUGACUCAAUCGCAGGAAGAGUUGUUGGCGGCUCAUCUCGAACAACAGAAGCUUGAUAAUGAUGAACCAGUGAUAGAAGAUGAUGACGACGAUGACGAUGAUGAUGAAGGAGAUGACGAUGAAGUUGAAGGACAGGACGAUUCUGGCGGUAGGUCAAAGCAAAGCAGAAGUGAAAAGAAAAGUCGCAAGGCAAUGCUAAAGCUAGGAAUGAAACCCAUCCCAGGUGUGAGCCGUGUCACUGUGAAGAAGAGCAAGAACAUCCUGUUCGUCAUCUCAAAGCCAGACGUGUUCAAGAGCCCAAAUUCGGAUACGUACGUGAUCUUCGGCGAGGCAAAGAUUGAGGAUCUAAGCUCGCAAUUGCAGACCCAAGCUGCGGAGCAGUUCAAGGCUCCUAAUGUGAGCAACCUCGCACCAAAGGCAGAACCUGCAACAGCACCUCCUGAUGACGAAGACGUGGAUGAGACUGGUGUCGAGCCCAAGGACAUUGAGCUGGUGAUGACCCAAGCCGGGGUUUCUCGACCUAGGGCAGUCAAAGCACUAAAGGAUGCAGAUGGAGACAUCGUCUCCGCCAUCAUGGAGCUCACAAACUAGACAUGUCUCCAAAGCUCUCUACUAUAUAGAUUCGUUAUGUUCCUUUGAAUGAAUGCACUGAGAUGAUUUUGAAUCAUUCGCAUCCAUGUGUUUUUGCGGCAUCUUGUGUACCGCUACGGCUACAGCACCCGUUAUGCUUUUAAGCUAUAUAUGUCUUAACUUGUUGCAUUUUUCA